UAUUGGGCUGGGUUUUGUAUAUCGGCGUUAAAAGCAGCAAAAAUCUGACAGUGAGCAAGCUGCUGUUUGGCAUGUAUGUAUGUAUAAGAGUUGGUUUGAUUUGGUCAAGGAAUUGGAUUGGUGAUAAAAUAAUUUAAUGUUUAUUUGGGGAGUUAAUUAUUCUCCAUUAGUAAUUUGCGUCAAUUAAUUAGUCAGCAGGGGCAGACUGCUCAAGCACUCACCAGACUACGUGAUUAAUUGAUAUUCCAUUCCAUUCCAUAUUCCAUUUAUUUAAUCAUUGAUAUUAUAUUAAUUUAAAGUUAAUAACAACUUCGUUUUAACUGUACAAAUAAAUAUCUUGGGUGUGCGUGUCACAAAGUUGGGACUAUAUACUCAAAGGGAUUGGCUGUGAAUUUUUUGAAACGAGUCAAGAAGUAGAGGCGUGGGUACUUAAUAAUUUUGGAAUUGGGCGGUGAGCUGCAAUAAUCGAAAUAUGUCUCUCCCAAAGAUAAAGGAUGAAGAGAAGGAGUCAACUUUUGGAUACGUGCAUGCCGUUUCCGGACCUGUCGUCGUCGCGUCGCACAUGUCCGGAUCGGCUAUGUACGAGUUGGUCCGUGUCGGAUAUGGCGAGUUAGUCGGAGAAAUUAUUCGUCUUGAGGGGGACAUGGCCACGAUACAGGUCUACGAAGAAACUUCGGGUGUGACAGUUGGAGACCCGGUAUUGAGAACUGGAAAACCACUCUCGGUCGAACUUGGGCCGGGUAUCAUGAGUUCAAUUUUCGACGGAAUUCAGCGACCACUGCAGGAUAUUUGUGAUAUGUCGCAGUCAAUUUACAUUCCAAAGGGUGUCAACGUCCCUGCACUUUCUCGGACUAAAAAGUGGGAUUUUGUCCCUGACCGAAACAUUAGGGUCGGAAGUCAUGUUACCGGAGGAGAUUUAUACGGCACAGUUGUUGAAAACCGCAUGGUGAAGCACAAGCUUAUGGUUCCGCCUCGUGCCCGCGGUACUGUGACCUACAUCGCGGAAGCUGGAUCUUUUGUCGUGACGGAUAUAAUUUUGGAAACUGAAUUUGAUGGGGAAAAAUCAAAGUUUUCAAUGUUGCAAGUGUGGCCUGUACGACAACCGAGGCCUUGCACGGAAAAACUGCCAGCUAACCACCCACUUUUAACAGGGCAGCGUGUACUGGAUUCUUUGUUCCCUUGCGUCCAAGGUGGUACCACUGCCAUUCCGGGAGCUUUCGGAUGCGGCAAAACUGUCAUUUCUCAAUCACUCUCAAAAUUCUCUAAUUCUGAUGUCAUUAUUUACGUCGGAUGUGGUGAACGAGGAAAUGAAAUGUCUGAGGUACUCCGAGAUUUUCCAGAGUUGAAGAUUGAGAUUGACGGGAUAACAGAAUCCAUCAUGAGUCGUACUGCGCUUGUCGCCAACACCUCCAACAUGCCUGUCGCUGCCCGAGAGGCAUCAAUUUAUACUGGAAUCACCUUAUCAGAAUAUUUCCGUGAUAUGGGUUACAACGUAUCCAUGAUGGCUGACUCUACGUCCCGAUGGGCCGAAGCUCUUCGAGAAAUCUCUGGUCGUUUGGCUGAGAUGCCUGCUGACAGUGGUUACCCCGCCUACUUGGGAGCACGAUUGGCCUCUUUCUAUGAAAGAGCUGGACGAGUGCGAUGUCUUGGAAAUCCUGAACGAGAAGGAUCUGUAUCCAUCGUUGGUGCCGUUUCGCCUCCUGGUGGUGACUUUUCAGAUCCGGUCACCUCUGCUACUCUUGGUAUUGUGCAAGUGUUUUGGGGUUUGGACAAAAAAUUAGCUCAGAGGAAACACUUUCCCUCAAUCAACUGGUUAAUUUCGUAUAGUAAAUACAUGAGGGCAUUAGACGACCAUUAUGACAAGCAUUUCCCAGAGUUUGUUCCGCUAAGAACCCGAGUUAAGGAGAUUCUGCAAGAGGAGGAGGAUCUUGCUGAAAUUGUGCAGCUGGUCGGUAAAGCUUCUUUGGCAGAGACGGAUAAAAUCACGUUGGAAGUUGCGAGGUUGCUGAAGGAAGAUUUCUUGCAGCAGAAUGGAUACACACCAUACGACAGAUUUUGCCCAUUUUACAAGUCGGUGGCAAUGUUAAAGAAUAUGAUCGGAUUUUAUGAAAUGGCCCGACACGCGGUUGAAUCAACCUCUCAGUCCGACAAUAAAGUAACCUGGAACACAAUCAGGGAAGCAAUGGGGCCAAUUUUAUAUCAACUCAGUUCCAUGAAAUUCAAAGACCCUGCCGAAGGAGAAGUCAAAUUGAAAACAGAGUUUGAUGAAUUGUAUGAAAAUAUGCAAGCAGCUUUCAGACAACUGGAAGAAUAAGUUGAGAGAAUGAGAAAAAAUUUAGAAUGAUAGAUAAAUGUUAGAUUGCAUACAGAUGCUGUUAUAUGAUGAUGCUACUAUAUUAUUAUACCCUUCUCCUCUUAUUAAUGAGGGUACAAACUAAAUAUCGAUGAUUACAAUAAUUGUGUUGAUGAAGACUUGUUUCGUUAUAUAUCCAAACCAAAAAAAUCUCCCUUUAUCGUUCAAUCAUUUUAUGUAUCAAGGUAGAUAUUAGAUCAUAAUCAACGUAUAGCAGUGAUUAAACUAGUGAAUAAUAAAUAGAUUUCAAUAGCA